GAGGUGGGGACCGCUGGUAGGGACGAGCCCAAUCCGGCAGAGGCUUCUCGAGCGCACCGAAGCCCCGGGAGGAGGCCGCGGAGCGUGUAGCACUGCAGAAUCUGCAGCUGUGAUAUCUUUAUUUUUGCACUUGCCCGCUAGCCGAGAUGGCCGUCUCCAAGUUGCAUUGUGCAUUUCACAAGGCCGCGGUCUCACGUUUACAUCAACACCCAAAAUCAGACAACUGCCUUUGUGAAGGGUUUGUCAGCUCCUGAGGUAUAAUUGGCAUGAAGGUGAUCAGUCCUGGCUGCUCCGUAGGGUGAGAUAUCUGUUUCAUCCCAGAGCUUGGAAACCCAGACAGCUCAAAGAGUGGAGGCACAGUGGGAAACAACAAUCGUAUACGGAGGAACGUGGAUGCAGAAGAAAAUCCGUAUAUUGUGGAUUUUUUUCAUUUCCCAGAAGUCAUCUUUACUCUAUUACCUGUACCUUUUUAUCAUUGAAACACUAAAUUUAUGUACUGGAAAUUAUGAUCACAUUUCACGACUCACACUGAAACUUGGCUUGUUUUCCAGUAACAAAACUGACUGAACAUUUUUUGUCAGUGUGUAGAUAUUUGGAAAUUACUUUUUUUUUUUUUCUUUUUUUAAAGCAACUAUCCUGCUUCACGUGCUGUGGGAGGUGAAUUUGCUAAUAUACCUGCUAGUUCAUCCACCCCGUCUGCUUCACCUGGCAAGGAGAGGGUGGAGGGUGGUACAGAUUUUACCAGGUGGAGGAUUGAUCAGGGGGUUUGUGCUAUGGUCAGCUGCUCACUUCCGUGCUGCCCUUACUCAGCUUCUGAGGGACUCUCUGUACGACCCCAGGACAAGGGAUAAUAAUCAGGAAAAAGUCAAAGAGGUAAAGGAGGAGGCGGCGCUACGGCGCAGGCCAGGUGUUUACUUGGCUUACAGUCCUUAUUUUUUUGUACUGCAAUUGCAGUAGGGCCCAGGGUCCCUUGCACCCACCCAGACCACAGCCAUGGUGAAACUAGCAAAUCCAAUGUAUACCCAAUGGAUCCUAGAGGCCAUCAAGAAGGUGAAGAAGCAAAAGCAGCGACCAUCAGAGGAGCGCAUUUGCAAUGCUGUCUCCAUGUCUCAUAGUCUGGAUCGCAAAACGGUUUUGGAACAGUUGGAACUCAGUGUCAAGGAUGGCACAAUCCUUAAAGUUACCAACAAAGGUCUGAAUUCCUACAAGGACCCAGAAAACCCUGGGCGCUUGGCUCUUCCCAAGCCCAAAGGAGGUGGCAACUCUGGAGGAGGCGGUGGCGGCAGCAGCAGCAGCAGCAGCGGGGGUGGCAGCAGUAGCAGCAGCUCUCACUCUCAUUCAGGAAAGAAACCAGGACUUGACUGGAACAAGCUGAUCAAGCGAGCACUGGAGGGGCUCCAUGAACCUGGAGGCUCAAGCUUAAAGAACAUUGAGCGCUUCCUCAAGUGUCAGGCUGACGUGGCAGCGUUCCUGUCAGGCAGUGGCUCUAUGGGUCCUGGCCUUUUUCACCAGCAGCUGCGGGUGGCCCUGAAGAGGGCGGUGGCCCAUGGACGUGUGGCCAAGCAGGGUCCACUGUUCCAGAUCAUCAGCCGCAACAGCUCCCAGGAUGAUGGGACUGGGACAGUGUCUCUACAAUCACUGCCACCUGUGCGACUGCUACCACAUGAAAAAGACAAGCCGGUGGCAGAGCCCAUCCCCAUCUGCAGCUUCUGUCUGGGAACCAAGGAGCAGAAUCGCGAUAAGAAGCCGGAGGAGCUCAUCUCCUGCGCCGACUGUGGCAAUAGUGGCCACCCGUCCUGUCUCAAGUUCUCCCCAGAGCUCACGGCGCGAGUCAAGGCUCUGUGGUGGCAGUGCAUCGAAUGCAAGACUUGCAGCAGCUGUCAGGAUCAAGGAAAGAAUGCGGACAACAUGUUGUUCUGUGACUCGUGUGACCGUGGCUUCCACAUGGAGUGCUGCGAUCCUCCUCUCACGCGGAUGCCUAAAGGCAUGUGGAUUUGUCAAAUCUGCCAACCCAGAAGAAAAGGGAAGAAGCUUUUACAUGAAAAGGCAGCACAAAUCAAACGGCGCUAUAAUGCACCGCUGGGACGGCCGAAGAAUCGACCGGGUCGGCCCUUCAAAAAGCUCGGUGGGCGUGGCCGGCGGAAGCGCUCUCACUCUGCUAACUCCUCUUCCAGUUCUUCCUGCGAAGGAUAUCCCGGUGACGACAGGCUGCUUUUUUCUAUGCGGGAGGAUGAUGACUUAUCACAGAGCAGCCUGCGCUUCAACAACAAAACCAAGGGUCUAAUUGAUGCCCUAACAAAAUUCUUCACACCCUCACCCGAAGGUCGCAAGGCACGGCAGGAAGUGGUGGACUACUCGCAGCAGUGCCGUAUCAGAAAGAAAUCCAGUCGCAAAGGGGACGGAGAAGACAGGGGGGACAAUCAGGACGGUAGUGACUGGCGUGAUGACGAUGACAAACUCCCUGGCCACGAGAACCUGACGGAAAAAGACAUUGAACUGUUCAGACACAUCCAGGAGCUGGCGCUACAGAAAGUUGGGGUUACAGGUCCACCAGAUCCUCAGAUGCGCUGUCCAUCAGUCAUUGAAUUUGGCAAGUUUGAAAUCCAGACAUGGUAUUCAUCUCCAUACCCCCAGGAGUACAGCAGACUACCCAAACUGUACUUGUGCGAGUUCUGCCUGCGCUACAUGAAGAGUCGCAGCAUCCUCUACCAGCACAUGAAGAAGUGCAACUGGUUCCACCCCCCUGCCAAUGAGAUCUACAGGAAGGAUGACGUUUCUGUAUUUGAGGUUGAUGGGAAUGUGAGCACAAUCUACUGUCAGAACCUAUGUCUACUGGCCAAACUGUUUCUAGACCACAAGACCCUCUACUAUGAUGUGGAGCCCUUCCUUUUUUAUGUCCUGACCCAGAAUGAUAGCAAAGGCUGCCACCUUGUUGGCUACUUUUCCAAGGAAAAGCACUGUCAACAGAAGUACAACGUAUCUUGCAUUAUGAUUCUUCCACAGUACCAGCGCAAGGGCUAUGGACGCUUUCUCAUUGACUUCAGCUACUUACUCUCCAAACGUGAGGGCCAACCAGGCUCUCCGGAGAAGCCCCUGUCAGACUUAGGUCGGCUGUCCUACAUGGCCUACUGGCGCAGCGUGGUGCUCGAGUGUCUCCACGAGAUUCGUGACCAGCAAAUUUCUAUAAGACAACUUAGCAAAUUGACAGGGAUUUGCCCCCAGGACAUCACCACCACUCUGCAGAGCCUCAACAUGCUGGAGCAGCGAGGAGACAGGCUGGUUCUGUUGCGAAGGGAGAAGGUGGUUGUCAACCACAUGACUCGUCUCAAGGCUCGGCCACGGCAGCUGGAGGUUGACCCUGAGUGUCUCCGUUGGACUCCUGUCAUUGUGACCAACACAGUGGUCUCUGAUGCUGACGGAGAGGAUGAUGAUGAAGAUGACGAUGACGAUCCACAACAGGACAAGCGCAAGGAGCCCAAACCAAGUCAUAAGGUCCCAUUAGUGGCCUGGCACAUGCGUCAUGGAAAGAAGAGGGAUGAGGAGGAUGAGGGUGAGGAGAAAAGGAAGGGAUUUCUAGGGUUUCCAAUUGUUCAAAGUUCUCCAACUUCCCCUCCUGUCCGCUAUCCACCACCUGUGCCCGCACCGCCACGACCCCCACCACCAGCAAAUGGAGAACGAAGGCCACGAGGACGACCACCCAAAAACUGGCCGUGGGGCAAAGUAAAGGACAACACGCGGGUAGGACGGCCGCCUAAAGUCCGGCAAAUAGAGGACGAGGAUGAGGAAGAGGAAGGCAGGACAGAAGGAGGGAAAAUCACAGGCUCUGGUAGCAGCCCGCCCUCCCUUUUCACCCUGAACAGGCAAGCUGAAGCCACAGCUUUUCACUCACUGGACAUGGCCAGGCACCCUACCAUAACCCCUGCACGAAGAGGCCGGCCCCCUAGAAAAAAGAGAGGUCCUAAGCCCAGACUACCUGUAGGACCUGGACAAGGACUCCUACAGUUUCCUGCAGUUUCCAGAUUAAGUGAGGCUCCAUCUGUCAGGAAGAGCUUCUUCAGUGAAAGCAGUGAAGAAGAGGAGGAUGAUGAUGAGGAUGAUGAUGAUGAUGAGAGGAGGGCAUGCUCACCACCUAUUCUCACCAAGCCUACCAUGGGCCUCAAAUGCAAGAAGCCCCUGAGGAAACGCCGUUUUCGCCAGCGGAGCCAUCCGCACAGCAGUGUGGUGACAGAGACAAUUUCUGAGACCACAGAGGUGUUGGAUGAGCCCUUUGUAGAGUCCGAUUCAGAGAGACCUAUGCCCAGGCUGGAGGAGGAGACACCCCUGAGCCACCCACUACGUCGCUACCCCCCAGCACGCUCUGCUCUGAGGUUGUCAGACCCAGCACCCAAAAGGGGUCGGCAUUCCAACCUCACAGACUCAGAGGAAGACGAGCUAACGCCUGUCCUGAAACCUGUUGCUUCUCUGCAAGCAAUCCCAUCAGAGUCUCUAGCAGCCAAUGCUGACAUGCCAGUCAAGAAGAAAAAAGGCUGGCCAAAGGGAAAGAGUCGGAAACCUCUGCACUGGAAGAAACGAGGACCCGGAAGGCCCCCUAACAGCGAUCCUCUCCGGCGAGCAGCUAUGAACAACCAGACACUAAGUGGAGAUCCUCCACCUGCCAAAAUCAAGAUGAAACCUGGCCGCAAGCCCAGGAGUUGGUACCUGCAGCGGGCCCAGGAGGAGGCAGAGAGGCAGCAGCAGGAAAUGCAAAGGCAGUUUGAGCAGCAGCUGAACAAAGGUCCUCAGCUGCUUCAGACUGAAGACCAUAAGCGAGUCUGCAGGACCAGCACUGACAGAGAGAAACUGAAAGACUCAGAUGAAGAUGAUUAUCUUCCUAAGCCUGUUGAGCAGAAGAUCCCUAAAAGGCGAGGAAGACCACCCAAGAACCGUGCUCUCUUCCAGCCACCACAGCCUGCACCCAAACCACCUCCCGCCUCUGAACCAGAGGACGAAGACGACGAAGAGGAGGAGACUGAAAGGGCCUGGGAGGAAGAUAAACCCAGUCGUCCACCAUCCCGUCCUCUGUUGUCCCCUUCUUCCUCCUCUUCUACUUCAGGGCCCCGGGCCCCACAGUCCCGGCCUCAGGACACGGAUAUGGGUGACAGGGAAGAUGACGAUGAUGAGGAAAGGGAGGAAGAGGAAUGUGGUAGCAUGGGCAGCGGUGGUGGUAGUAUGAACCGACGGACAGCAGUUCCUGCUGGUUCAGGGAGCAGACGAAGUGAAGACCAUGAUGCAGAUGAUGAAGGCGAUGGACACUUGGAGGACAAGAGUAACACUAACAAUAGUGGUAAGAAGAGAAAAGGUCAUGACUCUGAGGAGGAAGAUGAUGAUGAUGAAGAGGAGGAGCCUGCCUCCCAUGCAAGCUCUCCUCCAGUGAAAGAAGAACCCCAAAGUGGAGAGGCUUUUUUAGACAUGGAGAACAGCGUGGCCCAGGACUAUGUAAGCAAGCAGGAAGAGGAAGAAGAAGAGGAGGAGGAGGAGGAGGCUGAGGAGGAGGAGGCGGCGGCGGCAGCGACCGCGGUCGCGGUGGUGGCGCAGGAAGCCAAGUGUCGCGUCUCCUCGGUUGACCAACAGCAAGAGGAAAGGCGGCGCAGAGAGCAGGAGGAGUCUGCUGCUGCAGCUGCGGCUGUAGAAACAGUUACGGCCAUGUCUGUUCCUUCUGAGCCCAUGGAGCUCCAGCCUAUGCACCCUGAUGACAAGGAUGUGACGCUGUUGAUGGAACCACAACACACACAUCCACACUCUCACUCUCAUCAGCACUCUGACUUCAAGGAAGAGCUGGGCCACCACCACUCACACCAUAGUCAUCACCACUCUAAUGAGCUGGACUUGGAAACUAUGCAGGCUGUGCAAUCCCUGACGCAGGGGGAAGCCCAGGAUGAAGACACUGAACCCCAGCCACACCACGGAGCUUACCAGGAUUGUGAGGAGACCCUAGCUGCCUGCCGGACCCUCCAGAGUUACAGCAACACAGGGGAGGCAGAGGAGGAGGCGGCACUGGCCUUGGUGGAGGAGUGUGGUGCUUCCCAGCAUAGCAGCCCCCUCCCUAAUGCCCCAGUGCCAUCUCUAGCUGGUCAGUCUGUGCGCUCUGUGAAUAGUCCAGGGUUGCCCUCAGGCAUCAUGGACACAACACAGGCAGGGCAGAGAGGAGGAACACCUGGCCCCACUGGAACAGGAGGCAGUAGUGGUGGAUCUGGAGGAGGAUACACCCAGAUCACACCAGAGCAUCCCAGUUCUCUGUCUGCCCCAUCCCAGCAGAAUAUGGAGACGUCGCCAAUGAUGGAUGUGCCGUCUGUGUCAGACCACUCGCAGCAGGUGGUGGACAGUGGCUUUAGUGACCUUGGCAGCAUAGAGAGCACUACAGAAAACUACGACAACCCCAGCAGCUAUGACUCCACUAUGGGAGGAGGGGGUAAUGGCACAGGGAAUAGUGGAAAUGCAGGGGGACUGUCAACUGCAGUUGUUGCAGGAGCUUCCACAGCUUCUUCAUCAUCGGCCUCCUCUUCUUCCAGCUCAGCCACCCCGUCCUCCUCCUCCCAGUCUAACAGCUGCUCCUUCGUUCCGGCACCCAGUCUUACAUCUUCCACAGGAGCAGCGGGUUCACAACUGGCGAUGGGCAGCUGUAGCCUCAUUCAACAGACAGGGCCCAAUAGUGGACCAGGUGCCAGUAAUGUGGGCAGUGCUGUGCCACAACCCCCACCACCCCCACCCCCAUCUAACACUCCCAGCUGUGGCAUUAAGUCUCCUCAGAGCUGUGGUGUGAUUGAAAGGCCCCCCAGCACCAACCAGCAGCAGCAGUCACAAAAAAAGGUCCCUCAACAGCCUCCUCAGCAGCAAGCCCCCAACCCCCAGCCACCUUCAGCAGCACCACCACCGCCUCCGCAGCAGCAACAGCAAGCCCUCUCCCAGUGCAGCAUGGGCAAUGGCUUUGCCUCCACACCCAUGAUCAUGGAGAUUCCAGAGAGUGGAGGUGGAGGUGGUGGACGCACCCUCUACGAACGCAUGGGUCAGGACUUUAGCACAGGGGGCUACCCACAGCCCUCGGCAACAUUCAGCCUAGCCAAACUUCAGCAACUCACCAACACUAUCAUGGACCCCCAUGCCAUGCCCUACUCCCACUCAGCCCCUGUCACUUCAUACGCACCCAGUGUUUCUCUAUCCAAUCCUGGGUUGGCCCCUUCACCACACACUCCUCUGCCCCAGGGCCAGCCCACAAUGACCCCACCCCCAAACCUCAGCUCUGGGUCUAUGAACCUGGGCUCCCUGCAGCUGCAGUGCAACAUGCCCACUACCAACAUUGGUCUGGGACCUCCACCUCACACUCAACGGCUUCAGGGCCAGAUGGCAACUGUCAAGGGCCAUAUUCCCAUCCGGUCUAAAGCCACACAGCAACUGGCCCCAGCCCCACACCAGCAACAGCUUUAUGGGCGCAGCUCGGGGACCGUGACCAUGCAGGGCACGCCACGCACCUUGGCUGUGCAGCGUGGUAUGAUGCCAAAUAUCAUGUCCACACCGGCACCAUACAGUUCCAUGAACAUGACUCCACUCAAUGCUAUGUCAGCUGGCUACCGAAUGCCCCAGCCCAUGAUGAACAGUGGUUAUCAUGGCAACCCCCCUUACAUGAAUCAGCCAGCUCAGUACCCCAUGCAAAUGCAGAUGGGCAUGAUGGGUGGGCAGGGUUACCCACAGCAGCCUAUGCAGCCCAAUCACCAUGGUAACAUGAUGUACACUGGCCCCUCCCAUCACAGCUAUGCUGGUGUCCCAAAACAGUCACCUUACAUGAGCAGAUGAGCAGCUAAGAACUGAAGAAAGACACACGGGGCUGGAGCUGAUACUUGCUGUACUGUUAAUGUCCAUUGCUCCUGUUCACCCUCUCCAGUGCCACCGCAGGUUUCUGGCGGAGUGUUGGUGAUGGAGGUAGAGAAGGUCUUUGGGUUGCCUGUUUUCCAUGUUGUCAUUUUCUUCCUUUCAUUGGGCGCGCUCCCCCUUCCAGCUGGCUGUGUAUCAGAGUCAGUAGGAUUUGGGGUGGGUUUGGUACAUGGACCUCUACCGUGCCGCAUCAGUCCAGGCCCGAACAGGCCUCUGUAAUGUGUUCACACAGGCCCAUGAGUCUCCUCGUUCUCCCUAAUGAUAUGCUGGAGUAGACGAGGAUGAGACUGAUGAGUGAUGAAGAUACACACAGAAAGACAAUGCAGGACUUACCUUCCUUUUGUCAGACUGCAAAUGGAAAAAACAGUGAUUAACUGAGUAUAUCCAAACAUGCACACAAUCUUUUAAUUGAUAUAGGAAGCCUUACCUUGAAAAAAGAGACAAUGAAACAUUGUAGGCGAACUCUUGUUUUGUUAUAUACAUAAUGUUGAAUCUUAUUUUUGUUGUUGUUUUUGUUGAUUGUUUUUUGAAAUACCCGUGUGCUGUCCGACCUCUUAUAUGCUUUCGUCUUUAUAUGUAUACCAUUCUGAAAUGGUGAUAUUGCUAUUGCUGUCUCAGAAAUACCCAAACAUCUCUGUGGCCACUUGGUCAGACGGCUUUUCACUUGGUUCCAGAAAAGCUUCGGAGCGGGGCUUCCGGUGUUUGAGGUGGUGGGCUGUUUCCAGAGUCUCUGUCUUCCCAGAUGGACAGUGUUGUACCAAAACCACAGCAAAGACACAGAAGAGACGAGUGCAUUACUGUCCACUAUAUGUCCAUGAAUUAAACAAGUAGCAUUAUUUUCCAGUUUGUCACCACUCCGAAACAUUUAGAUGUAAAUAUUCAGGUACUUCCCAAUAUCCAGCACACACACACUCCCUGCAGACACACACUGGCCAGUUAGGAUGGCCAGCACAGGAAAGUGUGACGUCCAGUUGUUCAUGUCCACACUCCACUGACAGACGGUGUAAAAUGUCAGCAUUUUUUAGCAGUUUAUGAAACACAGAACUAACGGUUAAUUUUCCAUUGAACUGCUUCAACAAAAGUCGGUUUACUGAAGCUGACCACCCCUCCUUAAGUGUUAGUGACCCAACGAGGUCCAGAGUCUGCUUAUGAAUGAUGUAUUAUGUUAAACUGUUCCUUUUUUUUGUUUGUUUGUUUUUUAUUAUUUUCUGCAAAAUUCUGCACUUGUAUUGGCUAGAAGUAUGGCAGCAGUCCGUUAACCUUUAUAAAAGGUGGUGUACCUAAAUGCCUGAUCUAGUGCAUGGUUUGGCCCCUUAAACAGAGGCACACUCAUAUGAAAGCAGGGUCAGAGGCGAGCAAGAUUUCCAGGUCCUGCUGGUUAAUGGUGUUCAACUGGCAUGGGUGAAACGGUUGGCCUCGUCGCUCCAUGUACCAGUAUUCAAAGUCAAAAGAGGAGUUUUCAUUUUCUUACAGACCUGACAUUGCAUACUUUUAUUUGUAUGUACUGUUCUGUUCUGUACUUACUUUUUUUUUGUUUUCUUUCUGACUUUUAUCAGACUGGGCAGCUUUCUUUUAUGACACAAGCUGACUCUUUUUGACUUUAGAAAACCUAUUGUAGAGAAAAUGUUUUUCUAUAAUAUAAAAGGAAAUUCUGGACAUUGAUAUUGGUACUGUCAUGUUUUACACUUCUGUUUCAGGAAAAAAACAAUACAUAUUUUUUAGCUCGCCUCUUGGGUAAUAAUUACUAAGAAAGUCAAAAUUUAAAAAAAUUACCACUCACUUUUAGUGACUUUAAGAUGCCUUUAACCUCUUCAUUCCAUCUCAUCUCUAGAGUUUUUCUAUCUUUGUGUAGUAUAUUAAUGCUAUUUUAAACAAAGGGACUACAAAUAUCUAAAGGUCACUUGGCAUUCUCUUCUUUUUUUUGUUUUUUGUUUUUUUACUUGUGUGUGUAUAGGAUGACUUCCUUACAUUUAAGAGGCAUGUAAAAAUGAGCUCAGUAUAUUUCUGUCUGUUUAUAUCGCUUCCCUUUUUGUAUCCUUUGUAAUUGUACAUGUUGCGUUGUAUGCUAAGAGAGAGCGCAAAAUAAAGAGAGGAGUGACAGCUGGGCACACAGUGAAGGUUGAUUUGCGCUCAGCAGCCUCAGCUCUACUCUGCUCCUGUAUGUAUUUCCAUUUAUUCGUUUUUUUUUUCUUUCUUAGCAAGUACUUUCAAAGAACUCUGUACAUUUUAACAUAAAAUGAAAAUAAAUUAUGUUGAGCCAU